AUGGCAUUACCCUCACCACAAAUACCAGAAGAUGUCGAUGCCUUUGUGGAAGAGAUUAAACAGCUAAUCAGCGGGUUGGAAUAUGAAAUAGAAUGGGAAACGGGAAGUCGUAUAAGAUUGCUUUCGGAUUUGCGUGCCCUAGUUAAUUCAGAUUACUUUAAAUAUGUAAUGGAUAAAGAUACUCGUGCUCAAUUUGGUGAUACUGUCCCAUGCUACCCAGAUGAUGGGGAAUUUGUUGAAAGCUGUAAAGGACUUGAAAAGGAUAAACAUCACGUGCGAAUGUAUAUCGACAUCUACAAACGAUAUGUAGAUGCAAGACAAAAUAAAUAA